GCCUGUCAAGACUCCUGUCAUAGCUGCGGUUAGAUAGGGUAUUUGCGUGCAAUGUUCCCCACCGACUCUUGACAGUUUAUAUAACUAAAAGAAGGACGAUUUUAAUUAAUACCACUUAAAGAAAACAGUAUGAUGUUCAUUUCGGUGGAUUGGAGAGUCGUACGACUGUUGUUUAUGUUUGUGGUGACAAAUUGCGCUAGCGGAACAACGCGUGCCACCGAUUUCUUGGAUACCCACCAAAAGUCGGUUGUGACGACUUCUCCAAGUGUGUUGGGGGACUCGACCAAGGCGGCGCCGUUUCAUGUUUACAACCAGGCGCUACAACUGCCACACAAUGACAAGACUGUCUAUUUGGAUAUUGUACAAGAGCUAAAGGUUUCCUUAGUGUUCUAUGAGCUAGCAACACAGAGUGGCCACAUUGCUGUUGAUCUGGAGUCGUCGGGAAGAUACCUCGACGAACUGGAGAAGCCAGUGUUGGAACUGGAAACACUGACAUCAGUAACAGCAGUCACAUUCAAACUUCACAUUAGACUUAAGACACCAGCUUCUCGUUUUGGGUGGGAGAUCUUCGCAGCUAUUGCGGCAGUGUUUGUCGUUGUCGUGGUUGUGUUGGUCUACUGUUACUACAAGAAACAUGCCACAUACAGGUACAGAGUCCGGGAGCCUGACGAUCUGUUUUGUGAGGUUGAUACGUUGGAUACGAACACCGUGGAGGGGCCGAGCUGCAGUCCACGUGCUGGCAGGCGCAAGAUAACUGAGAAUCAGGAAGAUUGGGGACCAGUUGAGAGCAGUGUUUCCUGGAAUGCCUCUGGUUCCUCCAGAAGAUGGGAUGACGGCAGGAUUCCACAUUCUAACCGGAUGACAAGAGACAAGAUGAACCAGAUCUCAGAACAAGAGGACUCUACCCCCUCAGAUUCACCAGCCAAUGCUUUGCAAGGAGAGAGUCUGCCGUCCUCAGUUGUCAUGGCAACCAUGCAUGAUGACAGGCUGUCACCAUCGCAGGAGUCUGUCGCCAGGGUGACCCUCCAUGGAAACAGGCUAACACCCCCAGAGCUUUCACCUACUACCUCGCUGGCCGAAUUAGAGGCAUUAUGGGAUGGAUUUCCUUACAUAGAUGAUUCUGAUGCUGACAACACACAGACACAUGUACGGACGGACACUGAGGAUGCUGGUGGUCGUCAUGGCAGUCAGUUAUGCAGAUCGAGAUCACGGGGCAUGUGUCAGUUGCCGCCAUCGUACUUCUUCCUGUUUCUGUCUGUCUUAGCUGUAAUAGCCGUCUGCUCCGUGAACCCUUCACACUCAAAACACGUGCUCAAAGUCGGUGUGCCUGCUCAUAUUAAACUUAGAAAAGUUAGAAUGUAUUCUGUGGAGCCCGACUUGACCGAUUUCUCUGCUCAGAAUUCCAGUUAUGCCUUAGUGUCUCGCUUACAACUCUUGGAUUACUCUAGUUGUCAAGGAAACCUUUCUGCCUGUGAAACAUUUGCAUUGUGUGAUGCCGUCGAUUCGAUGCUGUCGUGCCGAUGUAAACGAGGUUUCUACCUGGAAGGUUUACAGUGUACAGCUUGUCGGACAUCUUGUUCAGAGGGUCACUUCAUGACGAGUCAGUGUUCUGCUGGGCACGAUGUCGUGUGUACACCAUGUACCCAGUGUAGAGGGACGACGUACGAGGCCGCCCCAUGUACUUCCACUCAGGACACCAUCUGUGUAGAAGUAUCAUUUCCAGUGGGUAUUUUACCAACAAAUGCAAGUGUUCUGUUAGAUGAUGGCACCAGUCUGGGUGUAGAGACAUCAGACAACGUGUUUAUGGAGCGACUGCGUGACAUGCGUGAACUGGAGGAGUCGAUGUAUGUGACCAAUCACCAGCAGGCGAUGAACUUUGUGUGGCACCGUGACUCGGGGCUGGAGAUCAAGAUCAGCGUCACCGGCGUCUACCUCGUCCCAGAGUAUGUGGACAUCGACCACGUUGGUGACAACCCCUUCUACAUGCACAGCCACAACAUCACCAACAAACAGAAGAAAAGAUUCAAGACCAUCACAGAGAAAUACUGCAGAAAUCCACUGCCAGAUUACUACAGUCUUCACCUAGAUAUUGUACGUGAUAGGACGUCAACAGCUGACCUAAUCCGGUGUGAUUCCCAGAAUGCAUCUGUGCCAAAAUGUCCAUCACAUUACAAAGAUGGCGACAAGUUUCUGCUGAGACAUAUUAAUACACCAUGCCCCAAGUUUCAGAUCAACUCUCACCGCAGCAAGAGUCUUCCGAAGCUGGAAGACCUCAGUAACAGCGUGGUGUGUCCCGGGGAGAGCGGCCUGGCGAGACUGCUGGGCAUCCCGAACCCCUCCGUCCAGCGGCUGACCUUCCCCAGCGAGGAGUGCAAGUUCCACCUGGAGCAGUGCACCGAUUGUCUCGCUAAAAACACCUGUACUAACCACAGUGCUGAUGCACCAGUUCACAGGGAAUGCUGUAAUGUGAACUGCUACAAACACCCGACUUGUACACAGGCCUUCAGUUCAACAUGCCCGGACAUGCAGGUGGAAUGUGCUUCAGGGGAUAUUUAUGUCUUCACAUUAUCGCCAGUCUUUGAAUCAAUGAAGACGCGAUUCAUGUGUCACGUGCAGUACGAGAAACCCAGUCACCUCUACAACGUGGAAUACGCCGUGCGCAUACCCAACCUGAACUACGUCAUCGAGCGGAACUUCACCAUCAGCAGCCACGACCUCGCUUCACACCGGUCGAUGAAGUCACAACUGGACUUCCUCAGCGUGUUCCACGACACGUGGUUUCCACUGGAGGAUGAAGCUGUGCUCGUCGGAAGGCAUCACCAGGUCUUCGAGCAGAUGGGCGAGUUCUCCAUCCACUCGCUCAAAGAAGCAGACGAUUUCUUCCCACAUCAUUACGCCGUGAGGCAAGAUAUGCCGACCCGCUUCUCCACACUGAUCCAGUUUGACCGUCCAUUUAGAUACAGCGCACUGUCGUUUAUCAACGGCGGCUGCGAGAAAAAUGUGUCUCAGGUGUUUCCCAAUCAGACGAUUUACAGGUCAGAGUCAGUUCCUGUGACGGCAAAAUUUCUAAAGGAGAAUGGAGAGAUUCACUAUCAGCUGUAUCGCACAGACCGGUCUCCGUUCAUCAGACUGUACAUCAACAAGAGUGAGCCCGUGCUGUCAGUCUUCCAGGCAAAUCUGGUGGGUAACAGGAUCGACUCAGCAAGUCUACACGCCAACAUCACGUGGAACAGUAAAAUGAGAGUGUGGAAGUUGACUGUGUCAGGUUUAUUGAGCGGCUGUCCAGGUAUCUUAGCGAUCCGAAUUUUUGACAAACUCCAGUCACAGUGCCUUGGUCACUUCGAGGCCUUUGUGAACUGCCCCAAACGCUUUACUCUCCGAUUCAACAUAUCGGACUCGAAACCACAGCUUCCCGACAUUUUUGUUGUCUAUGUUAACGAUUCGUCGACUUCACACAGACUGUUUUUAACAUCGGUCAUCGUUCCAGAAAACAUGGCUGCCAUGACCUCAGAUGCAGGAGGAAUCACAGACACGUGGGAAUCCGAUACAUUCUCUCCGUGGAUCCCGAUUAUUCUAACAAUUUCUUUGUCUAUAAUGAUGUUGGUGGUGCUGUUCGUUGUGUAUUUGUGUUUUACUCUGUCCACGCCAAAAUACAUGGAUGAGAUGACUGACAAACCAGAGUCAGCCAUGUUGAAUAAUUUAGACAGACCACAAGAAAGUGUGAAAAAGACUCAAAAAAAAGGAGCUUCCAAAAUUCUCAUUUGCUGGUUGGUUGUGCUUUACGUGAUAUACUCCAUUGUUUUCACAUUUUCCUUGGCCUUUGGGCUGCUUUACUUCACCCAUAUGUCAAUGUUUUCAAACUAUUCUGGGAUUGUCAAUCUGACCUCACAGCUUCAGAACCAGAUGAAUGUUUCACUGCAGCAUAUGAAAGAGUUUGAACAAGAGCAGAUAACUCUGAUGAUUAACGUCUUCAAACAGAGGCAGAUGGCUUGUACGCACCAUUUAAACAUGGAAAACAGACAGAUUGUUAAUGAACACAUCAAGAUAAUGGAGAAACAGUUAGCAGUGAUCUAUGUAGCAAAUGGCUCUUUACGAUACAUGGCAGAAAAUUUAAUGGAAGAAAAGUCUUCGAAACACGUUAAAAAAGUGGAGGCAUUUUUCCGUGAAUGUAACCAAACUGUUGAGGAGUAUUUUCAUCGAUUUAGUGAAAAUUAUUACAAUUACUUGAAAGAGGUUGUGCACAACGGGUGGUUUGAUUUUCCUCGAGAGAUGUUUUCCAAACAGAACAGUCGAGACAAAACGGUGGAGCUGUCAAUGCCACACCUUCUCAAGUUUCUCUCAUGGCUGCAGAUUGACCGAGCAGACAACUUGAUGUCAGUAGGAAACAAGAUUUCUGAAAGAUUAACAAAGGAAUCUCCUUACGUCUUCUCAUUAUUUUCAUCUCUGGACCUCCGGCAACCGGCACAUGUGGAAAUUCCCACGAUAACCAUUAAAAAUUCUCACACCAUCAGAUACAAGCAUUUAAUUUUACCAAGACCAAAAUGGAAACCUACCGAAAAGAAUACUCAGAGAACCAACCAAAGGGAGGUAACCAUUAAGAAGACCAAUGAAAAGGAUGCAGACUUGAGUUUGUCGUCCGAUUGUGAGAUUGCAUUAUACGGGUUAAUAGCGGUGUUUGUUUUGCUCGAUGUUUUCCUGUGGGUCUACCGCUUCACGUGGCUGUACAAGGAGGUACAGGAAGCUCUGCAAGGAAGGGAAGAACCCAUCCCGACCGACAACAUAUCGCGGAAGGUCUUGAAAAUACAGACGGGUCAACACCCGCCGAGAGUGUCCGAGUCUUAUGACCAACAGUACAACUGUAUUCAGAACUCAGAAAACAUGCGCUGGAACUCGGACCAUGAACUAUACGUCUACUUCUGUCAGUCGUACCCGAAAUCGAAAGAAGACAUCCUGCGAGAGAUAUGGUCGCACAAGAUGAACCAGAAGCCGAAGGUGUCGAAGGAGAAGUUUCGUCUGUGGCCAGUGAAGAACAUCCUGCACUGCUGCUGGUGGAUCCACCGAGCCCUGCUCUCGAAGCUGCUGUGGCGCUUCACCCAUUCAUGUGUGGUUGUGAUUUUACUGUGCUAUCUCGUCUACCUGCUACAGUACUGGCUGGAUGAGGGCAAUGUUGAGGUGUUGUUGGGGGCCGACUUGUUGCUGUUGGAGCUGCAGUGGCAGGCGGCCGUGGUGAACAGAUACCUCGCAGCAUCGGCGUCACACCUCAACGGCCUGCUGGACAACCUGGCAACGUUCGUGCAUCGCGAAGUGGGAGAGUCGAACACCUUCAUGUACGCCACUAUGCAAAGACAGAGUGACCUGCUCCUGUCUGUUAUGUCUGAGCUGUGUAACAACACAUCAAACGUUGCCUGUGAUUUGGGAGAGAUCCGUAUGCCUUCCCUGUCACCGCUUACACCCUGCAACUUUCUUCCCAUACAACAUCAUAUAUUUGAUGAUUUUGAUUUCUCAAACAUCUCCUCAUUGAUAAGUCAAGAGUUGUCUCCCUUGCUAAACACUGCUCGGAGUCUGUGCUUCAACACAGCCUGUGUCAUAAUCCUGUUUGUUUGUGCUAGGAUUGUGUGCCACGUGACCGCCAGGAUUGUGAAGGAUUACCUGCUGGUCACCGGCCGAUUACCUCAGAUUAUCAUCUAUCAGAUUAGUAACGGUGUCGGGGUGAUGGCUGACGCGGGGGUGGAGCCGGUAGCGGAGAUUCACCGCAGCGGGUCCUGGCUCGAGAGCUGCGAGAGCGGUGUGUACGUGGGAGAGAACGACGAUUCAGCCAGAGAAUCAACCAUUUAAAUAUUCAAACUGAUACCCGAGAAUCUACUAUUUAAAUAUUCAAUAGGGUACCCGAGAUCAGCUGUUUAAAUAUUCAAACUAAUACCCGAGAAUCAACUGUUUAAAUAUUCAAACUGAUACCCGAGAAUCAACUGUUUAAAUAUUCAAACUGAUACCCGAACUGAUACCCGAGAAUCAACUGUUUAAAUAUUCAAACUGAUACCCGAACUGAUACCCGAGAAUCAACUGUUUAAAUAUUCAAACUGAUACCCGAACUGAUACCCGAGAAUCAACUGUUUAAAUAUUCAAACUGAUACCCGAGAUCAGCUGUUUAAUAAAUAUUUAAAGUGUUACCAGAGAAUCAAGUGUUUAAAUAUUCAAACUGAUACCCGAGAUCAGCUGUUUAAUAAAUAUUUAAAGUGUUACCAGAGAAUCAACUGUUUAAAUAUUCAAACUGAUACCCGAGAAUCAGUAAUUUAAUAAAUAUUUAAACUGCUAUUAGAUUAUCAACUAUUUAAAUAUUUAAACUACUUUCAGAAAACCAGCUAUUGGCCAUUUAAAUAUUCAUUUGGCUACCAGAAAACCGGCUAUUUAAAUAUUUAAACUGCUAUUAAAAUAUUUAAACCACCAAAGAAUUGAAGUAUUUAAAUAUUCAAACUUUUGCCAGACAAUAGACUUGUUUAAAUAUUCAAACUGGUACCUAAAAGUCCACUGUUUAAAUAUUCUAAGACAGAAUCAGUUAUUUGAGAAAAUCAAGUCUAUAAAUAUUCUAAGACAGAAUCAGUUAUUUGAGAAAAUCAAGUCUAUAAAUAUUCUAAGACAGAAUCAGUUAUUUGAGAAAAUCAAGUCUAUAAAUAUUCAAACUACUACAAGUGCACUUAAAGGAAAAUGGGGGGACCCCCCCCCCCCCGAAUUAUUUUUGUGUACAAUCGUGAAACAUUUCCUACCGUAUAAAUAAAGUAGAGUACUGUAUUGACCCAUGCUUAUAAAACUUUUUGUCUAAACUUAGUUGCACGAUAUUGUAUUGCAGAGGAAUACUGGUCAUAAAUACAGCCCCAUUAUGUUACAUUUUCAGUCUACAUUCACCCUGAAGUGUCAUAUUUAUUAUAAUCCACAUGGUUCAACAUAAGCGAGUUAAUAAAAACCAUAUGAAGCACAUGUAUAAUAACAAGUGUAAAGAUGUAAUUUGGGAAUAGACGUUGUAACAUGAAGUCUCUUCCCGUCCUAGCUCAGACUGUGUAUGUGAAAUAUGACGUCAUUUUGUGUCUCCUCUGAUUGAAACAUUUUGAGAUGGCCUUUGUUAUUAAUUAAAAAUAACCAGAAUAAUAGGGAUAAUAAAGAAAUUAUUACUCGCACGUGUGUUGUACCGAUUUUACGAAACUAAUGUCCGGAUUUAUGCAUUACCCUUGCUCUCGCUCGUGGAAAUAACAAAAUCCUAACUUGUUUCGUAAAGCGACUACAACACACAAGUUUAUACAGUAAUCUCUAUUUAUAGAUGAUUAUUUCAGGUGUGUUUAUUUUAAAUGCAGGGGGAAUUGAGUACUGGUGAGGUACAUGGUACACCCUUCAAAAGUAGGUCGCAGUGACCUAGUUAUGGUACACUACACACGACCAUCCCAUUGAUGUUCUAUUUGCAUGCAAGGUUUGAUUAUCAUAUAUGCAUUGAUGAUAAAGAGAUGUUCUGGUAAUGGCAAGUUGAUGGCAGAUGUAUAGACAUACCAGUGGCGGAUCCAGAAAAUCCAUUUAGUGGAGCCCCAGUGAUAUGAGGUGGAAUGCCAAGGGAACUUUGGGGGAGGUUUGGAGGGGGAUUGUAAAAAAAUGAAAAUUAAUGUAUAAUAAAAUUAUUACUAUCACAAAAUUUAGGGGGGGGGCCUAGAUCCGACUCUGCAUACCAUAACAGGACUCAUCAAAGAUGGGUGUACAAGCAACUUGACAGGACAUGAUACCUGCAUUUAUCAUAAAUUAUUACACACAGGGGUGCUUAAAGUAUCUUUAGUAAAUUCUGCCCAAUAUGUUUUAUAAGCAUGGGUAGUAACCUGUUUUCAUAUGGUAUUUUGUAAGAAUAUAUUGUAGCAUUUUGCACUUAAGUGUACGCUUGUUGUGUCGAUAUAUAUAAUUUAUAUAUGCAUUUUUGUGAUGGAUGUAUGACAGUGAAUAAAUGGAAGUAUU